GCCGCUCCGCAAGUUGGGUUGGGCAGCCCUGAGCAGCUGUUAGAGCAGCGUGGGCAGCGCAGGUGACAAUAAUUGUAGUGCCCUACUAAAUGCUGCAGCUCGCAAGAUGGCAGUACUCGACGAGUUAAGAACAGCUCGACAAGAGGGUUAUGAUGUCGUACAGGACACCCUAGCUUGGCUUGACACCGACGAAUACAACAACGACGGCUGCGCAGAUUUUCUGUCAGAUAUUUGCCACGAUUUCGAAAUCACCGAGACGGACGUUGACCUUGCACGGCUGCUUCUAUCACGUGGAGCAGACGCCAAUUAUUGUGAGGAAGGCGACGGGUGGACCCUUUUACAUGCCGCCGUCAGUUUUUCUCGCAAUGAAUACGGCCGAAAGCUUACCACAGCGCUCAUCGGCGCCGGCGCGGAUGUCAACGCGAGGGCACAUGUAGAUAAUACUUCUCUUACUCCUCUCUGUACGUUGUUAGACAGCAAUGCAUGUUCCACUAGUAGACUGCCUCACUGUCUGGAAACCGCCACCCUAUUACUGCGCGCCGGCGCAUCACUAGACGCAUGCUGGGAUGAUGAUUCGGCCGAGGACUUUGUCGAAGCCUUGUUGCCGGUGCCUCGAAGCCGGAACGGCGUGGCCUCCGACCCCAAUUUUCUCGCCCUCAAAACGCUUUUCGCCAAUGUGCGCCGCGCCGGAAGUUACAAGCUGUGGACCCGCGAAAACGUCAAAGCACUGCUCCGCCUCCGGUCCCUCGUCGCGCGCGGCCGCGCCCGAGACAUAAAGCGCCUGCGCGCGAAGACGCCCCGAGAAUUCGCGCUCCUCUUCGCGCCGGCGUUCCCGAACGAGCUCUUCUGGAAAGUGAUGGAAUACUGGAAUCCGCGUGUGUAAAUGUGAUUACUCGCCCCCCACACCAUAAG